AUGUCUGCCACCGUCGUCGAGACCGUGCCCGCGUUUGUCCCGCUACAGCUGCGUUCAGGGUUUGGACCGGUUUAUCGCCAGGUCUCCACGGCUGCGCCCAGAGAAUGUCGUCCCGAUGAAAUCCCAAUCAUCGAUAUCGGAACCAUCCGUGACGGUCCAGAGGCACGACAAAAACUGGCGGUCGAGAUCAAGAAAGCAGCAGAGGAGGUGGGAUUCUUCUACAUUUCCAACCAUGGAAUCGAUCAAGGCAUUAUCGACAAUGCACAAAAGGCGGCCUGGAAUUUUUUCCGACAGCCCGUCGAAGAAAAGGCAAAGAUUAGUAGGAGCAGGUCCAGAUUUUACAACGGUUUCACUGAGCGUGGAACUGUUCACGUCUCUCCAACUGAGACCAUCGACAACAAGGAAGGAUUUUCCUGGCGUUACGACCCCAAGUACGACCCAGAAGGGAAGGACUUGACAGCCGUUCCGGAGGAAGUUCAGGCCUGGAUCCGUGGUGAGGACUUUGUCUGGGAAGGAACCGAGCAUAUUCCAGACUUCAAAAAGGAUACUCUCACCUAUUGGGGGGCAUGUUUGACUCUGGCAAGGCUUCUGGUCAAAGUGUUUGCUGUUUGCCAGGGCCUUCCCGAAACCCAUUUUGACUCAAUCACCACAUAUCCUGGCGCAGACGGGGUGUACAACUACUACCCCGGGCUGACGCCUGAGCAAGCCAGCAAAGAUGGACCUAUCGACGUCGGCCUCGGCUCCCACACUGAUCUUCAGUGCUUCACUUUGCUGUGGCAAGAUCACGUCGGAGGCCUCCAAGUCCUGAAUACCGAAGGACAAUGGAUUAAGGCUACGCCGGUUCCAGGGACGUUUGUGGUCAACAUUGGUGAUUUUUUGAUGCGCAUGUCAAACGACAAAUUUAAGUCGACCGUCCAUCGCGUCUACAAUCGCUCCACCGAAGAACGGUUGAGUAUGCCUUUCUUCUUCGGAUUCAACUUCAAUGAGAAGUGCUCGGUGUUGCCGACCUGCACGGAUGAGAACAAUCCACCCAAAUACGAACCCAUUUCGUGUGGCGAGUGGUGUGCUCGUCGAUUCCAACAACAAGGGUACCAUGCCGGGGAUAAGAUAGAGCUGGGACCUGCAAGUGCAACUGUGGAGCUGACUGUGAAAGCGUGA